CACCUCUAAGCUGAAAACCAGAUUGCAAUGCAUGUUGACAUUGUCCGGAUACGCUUGUCUAAACAUAGGUGUUUUGAGCAGGCACCCGAAAUGGUACGGUGAAAGCACCUCCCUGACACCUACAGAUGGUGAGUUCCAAAGUGUGGAACAAAGGUGGCAUUCUGUAACAAUGCCGUUUCCUCAGACUGAAGCAGUCAGCGGGUAAGAAGAUAAUGCAAGUAAUCUGGUCCCAAACUGUUAAGGGCUUUGCAUACUACCGGUAAUAGUCGUGUGGGAAAUCUCACAUCCUAACACAGUGUGUGUUAUCCAAGUGGGACUAUACAAAUAGAGACCAAAUCUAAAUGCAAAAGUACCUGGGAGGGUGAUCUGAUGGCCAAGAAAGAUGGAGGCAAGAAUUGCCCUGGCAAUGUAUCCUCAAACAAAGAACUUGAAGCUAUUUCGUUACAUUUUGUUGCUGUUUUCAUACAUUGCUCAUGUACACUUAUCAGCGGCUACAUUCCUAGUCUAUCAGGGUUCCUUUGAAGUAGACUCUGUUCCAUGGCCUUGAGAGCAGCUCCUCCUGCUUAUCUUCAGCCUCCCUUCCCAUCCUUCUCGCAACUAUCAGGUCGCAUAAACAUUAGGCAUUCCACAUGUCCGCCUGUGGCCUUGCUCAGAUUGCGAGCUACAUAGUUUCACAUCAUUUCUUCACUAUAGUAAUGCCUAGAACUUGGCCUGGUAGCAAAUCAGCAACCAAUGCAGGACUCUCACCAGAGAUAUUAUAUGUUAACAGGGUUAAAAGCUGAUUUACAUGCAAGUAUAUAGAGAAGGUUUGGGGGAACAGAGUCUUUCUGUGUAAAGUUUUAAUGUGCACAGAAUAACGCACAAUCACCAUUCACAUCAGUGAUAAUGGAAGAUUAAACAACCAACCUAGCUUUACUAUACAACUGAACAUCUAUAGUGGGAGAAGAAAGCAUUUUCACAUUUAAUGCCAAAUUGAUAGACUCAAACUUCUUAGUAAAAUUCUUGCUUGCUUUUUUUUUUAAUUUUAAAACUAUAAUUUUACUUUUUUGUUUUCAAACAUAAAAUAUACACCACCACUAUAGCAAACUUAUUUACAGUAAGAGGUCAGAUACAAAACAAAAGCUAGGUCAAGAUUAUGUAAGCAGUACAUUGUUUGGUCAUAUUUUCAGUAAAAACGGUUCUUUUAUUUUCAUUAAAGAAGUUUCCUGGCAGUAUAGAAAAUUAACCUAAAGCAUUGUCCCAUUAGAGGCCAUGCAUGUUUAGCGGACACAAUGCAUUUUCAUUAUAUGUUAUAUGUUUAAUAAGGCAAAACCAAGUUGUUUUAAUGCAUUCUUAGAACAUGGAUUAUGUAAUGGUCCUUAUUUGUUUUGUUUUAUUUUUAAUACUUUUGCAGGUAGCACUAUUCCAUCAUGUUGACACCAGAUUUUUCUAGUGUCUUGCAAUGGUUUGGUGGGCAGCUUCCAAGAAGAAUCUCAAGAAAUAUUUAUGUAACUUUUCUUCCCCAUUUCCAUUGAAAAUAGAAAGAAGAGCCUUUUGUGGUAUUUAUCUUAUUUUUCUGUUUUAUUUUUCAUCUUUUAAUAAGCUGUAUAAGCCUCUAGGCAAUGCACAUCACUAAUUAAAAAAAUCCCAAGAUCUAAAAAGACAUCAAUACAGUGGUACCUCGGGUUAAGUACUUAAUUCGUUCCAGAGGUCCGUUCUUAAUUUGAAACUGUUCUUAACCUGAAGCACCACUUUAGCUAAUGGGAACUCCUGCUGCUGCCGUGCUGCCGGAGCACGAUUUCUGUUCUCAUCCUGAAGCAAAGUUCUUAACCCGAGGUAAUAUUUCUGGGUUAGCGGAGUCUGUAACCUGAAGCGUAUGUAACCUGAAACGUAUGUAACCCAAGGUACCACUGUAAACAGAUAAUUCAUACUAAUAACUAAGCCAAGCUGCAAAAAUAAAUAAAUAAAAGAUUCGCAGCAGUAAUGAUCACAAGUCAGUAAUUUCUUUGGUCUCUUUGUUGAAAAAUGGCAACUUUCAGUUCAGCAGCAGAGUGUCCUGGGGUACCACAAUGUUCUGUCCCUGGUUUCUGAAUGUUGCCAUUUUUUAAUAUAUUUGUGCCCACUUAUUCUUUCUCACACCGACCUGCUGUAUAAGAAACACAGUAAUGAGUGAGGCGAACAGCAUAACAACAACAACAACAACAACAACAACAAAACCACAGGUGAGUGAUCCUUACAUAUAUUUUCAAAUACAUGUUCAUUUCAGUAACCCUUUACAUGUUUAGGUGUGCUUAAUGUGUGAGGAGAUUCAUCAUUCACUCCAUGGCUCCUCCAUGUGUUGUCAUCAUUUGUUAGUAUUUCACUUAUCAGGCUCUAUCACAAUCAAAACUGGGCAAUCUGCGGCCUUGUUCACUCCAAGGAACUGUUACUGUAACAUUGGAGUCUUAAUUUUCUGUUGUAAUACAGAAUGUAUUGACAAUGGAGGGCAGCAAUCCAGCGUGGCUGAUUAAUGUUAAAACGUACCCCACCUUUUUAAAGUUGCACAGCUAGGAAGAGAAGUAUAACAACAGGAGAGUAUAACUGGAGACCUACAAACAUUUGCAGAUGUGAAUUGUGUGUAAAAUGGCUUCUGUCAAUCCACUCCUCCCACUGUCACACUUAUUCAUUCACAUCCAUAUAAGUACAUCUACACUAUUUGCAUACAAAAGUUAAUUCAAAGGUUACUCUCACCAUUUAACACAUACACACAGCCUAACAACUGAACAGUGCUUUGAUGGCACAGCUUUCUACCUAUUCUGAAUUGCGACCCUUGAACACAACACAGCCCCAUCUGUCCCUGAGACUUAGGCAUGCACAGUUUGUUUGUUUUUUCAUGAAACAAAACUGAGGAGUUCAUAAACAUUGCAUAACAGCUCAGCAGCUGAGCAACGUUUAGGGGAAAGGGGCUCAUUUCAAUCAGAGCUAGUACAGCUGAUAGCUAUGGCAGUUUCAAAGAGUGCAGCCUGUGUUAAUCUCAGAUUCCACCCCCUCCCCUUUUGUCAAAUUUACCUGAUUUUGGGUGGCAAAUGGCAAAACCAGUAUUUUCCUGCUGUAUUGCAUGUUUUGUGCUCUUGCCUAAAACCACCAUAGGAACUCUGAAAUACUAUCCAAAACUGGCUUUGACUUCUCCAGAGAUACAUGAAAUCGACGGUGCUGAGCAUGGAAAAGCACCAAAAGUCAUGGAGAUCACAGAUGUUUCCUCCAAUUUGACAACAGCCUUCCAUUUCCCCAAGGCAGAGAGUGGUUCCAGAAUGCCAGCUGCUUUAUCCUGUUAAUGAUAAAUGGACUUGCUUGGCGUGGAGUCCAUGGCUGGAAUGCAGGACAGCUGGAGCCAAGAUCAGUCUGUUGCAAUUCCCAACAGGCUCAUCUUCUUGCAGCGCUGGUCAUAUGGAAAGUUCAGCCAGCAUAUGGUGGAAACAAGGAGCGCUCGUAGAGGUAAGGAACCAGACACAUUGCCACCUUCUUCUGCUGUCAAAGGCCAAUGCUAAUUAAAUACCAGAUUGCUAAGAGGGUGGGAAGAAUCAGAGGUGCAGCUGGGUGAAACCUGAAAUAAAAAUGAGGGUCCUAUCAUGAAGAAUGCAGGGUUUGCUCAGGAGAGUAGCGUAAGAUAAUUUUUAAAAAUACAUUGGUGACUCUUGCUUAGUUUCAACAAAGUGUAGACAGUUUUUAAAAGGACUCAUAGUGAAACCAAACUGCAUUUGCCUGAAAGGUAAACUUAGUUGAUAUUUAGUUUUUAGUAUUUCACAUCAGGGUGGCUAGCACACAAAAUUUCCUGUGUGCAAUGCCAGCAACAAUUUGUAUGCCUUUAAAAUGAUAUACGUAAAUAGUAUACUUGGUGCUGAGCUAACUAGGCUGAGCAGUAUAAACCUCACCAUGUAACUCAGUCCUUAACUCGAAUGGAGAAAUCACUCUAAUUUUGGAUAAAUUGUUCUAGGAACUCUAAUUCUAGUGAUCCUGUAAUGCAAGGCCAAGAGCACUAAAUUGUGUGGUUGGUCCUGGACUAGUUACCUGAAUAUUUAGCUUGUGUCUUUUGUAAUUCUAUUAUAGUUAGAAAUUUAGGAAGCUGCCUUAUACUCUGUCAGACCACUAACUGGCAGCAGCUCUUGAGGAUUCUAGCUAGGAACCUCUCCCAGGCCUCCUAUGAGAUGCUGAGGGUAGGACCAGAGACCUUCUGCAUGCCAGGCAGAUGUUCUUCCCGUGAGCUUCCAUUUGGGCUGGAAAACUUUGAAAAAGGAAGUUUGAGGUUUAAUCUUAGGUUCUCUGUUUCAUUUCCAUUCUCCCUUAGUUUCUCUUUUAUCAUGAAUAUUAUGCAGUUUUAUAAAUUGAUGGGUUGAUUUGUGGUCUUUGACUACACAUUCGAAGCCACUUUUGAGGGGCAUGAUGUGAUGAUACAACGAAAUAAAUGCCUAAAUAAAUGAUAAGGAAGGGACCGGCUUGCAAGUCAAUGAAAGUCUGAGAACACACACAAACUUUGCUCCUUUCAGACCCACUUUUUGACAGCGUUGGUCUUCAUUCAGCGUUGGUCUCUUCAAUCAAAGAAUGAUUUUGAAACCUGCCUUUACCUCGGGAGGCCGUGUGGCUUCUGUGGCUUGUCGUGUUCUCCAAAUAAGAAGAUACUUGAACAGUGAGUGUUUCUUGAAGAGAUUGCAUUCUCUUUUUUAUGCCACCCUUGUGUGCGGUAUUAAGGCUGGUUCAUGCAUACAUGUACAUCACCUGAUAGCUCAUUAUCAGUCAGGGUUCCUUCAGACUGCCAUUAUUUUGCAGGGUGGAUUCAAGUGCACACCGGAGCAUUUAAUUUGUGCAUUUGUAGUGGAUUGAUGCUCUCUGUCACCCUAGUUCAGAGGCAGUGUUAGGGUAGCGCGACUAGUUUGGCCGCAUGGAGCACCGCACUGCAGGGAGCACCACAAAGGUGCUGCAGAACGGAGCACGAGAAGGGGAAGCAUACGCCAAAUUUUAGUGUUGCACAGGGUGCUGCUUGAAUUUGAGAGCCCAAAGUCUGCCACUGUCCUAAUGCAACAAAUCUGCUUUCAAAACCCAGGCUUUUUGUAGUUCAGAAUACACAUCAUGAGUAGUUGUAUAGUCAGGUAUUUUUAAAUCUACUGCACUGGAGGGGGUUUGGAUGAGACCACAGUGCCCCUCUGUCCCCCUCUGUUUGGCUGUGCUGGGCUCUGCCAGUGGAGUGGCUCUGCUGCCUCAGAAGCCCCAACUGCACCCGCACAAAACUGUUAGAAUUCCUGAUCUAUGAUUGCGGUGAUAGGAUUGUUGUCUUUCACAUGAGGGUAUAUGUUUUGACUCCAAGGAGUGGGAAGUGGUGGAGACAGGAUGUUUGUGUUACUGUGUUUCAUGAAGUGGGACUAUUGUCCUUUGUCCUUUGUCUCUUUGCUGUCUGAUACUAGAGAGAGAGGGAACCAUGUUGCAGUGCUCUGUGUGUGUUUAUAUGUAAAUAAAGUAGAUUAGCCAAAAUGCUGAGUUGCUGAGCUCUGUUACACAAAGCUGUGAAGACUUUGUAGAUCCCUAAGUGUGCUGGUGUCGGUUGGCAUUGGUCGCUGUGAUGUUUGGGCUGAAGAAAGCUUAUGAAGCUCCCGAACGAUCGACCAGGAGGGAGGGAACAUGCCAGUCGGGCAUGUGUCUCUGCCAGGGUCCUACUCGAGUGUAGGCUGAACUCCUGACAAAAACAACACAUUGGCAGCAGCUGCCACUGAGGUUUUCCACAGGUGGUAGCUGGUACACGUGUCCCCCCCAUGGGGCAUUUCAGGAGUGGGAGGAGGGCAGGGGUUGGAUCUCAGCUAUCGAAGGACCCACUGGAUCCCAAGCUAUUGGCAAUUUAUAGCAAUGGUCCCAAUCUAGAGUUUUCUGCUAUGGCAGCCUUGAGCAGCUGUAGUAAAAGUACAAAAUUUUCCACUCCUCCCCCACCUUGCCUUCUGUUUUGGACGGCACAAGCGGUGGGGGCUACAGAUGUGGCAGUGGUUCCCACAUUCCAUUAAGCCCAGCUGCUGUUCACCAGAGUUUGGAUUGCACCCUUAAUGGCCUUACAGGGGCUCCCUCUUUAAGUGAUCGUGUGUGUCACUUGACUUACAUUUCAAAAUGCAAGCAAAGCCCUGCUAUGUUUGGAGCCCUUCUGCUCUUUGAGGCCCUGGACUCCUGCCCCAAAGUCCUGCCCUGAUUGUAACACUUUCCCAUUAGAUAUUGACAGUGUUUAUAUUUUCUUAUAGGCAGCGACUUCUGCAUCCAUCCUUUGGUGAGGGAGGCCCUGGACAGCAGGAGGCCUGUUGUUGCCUUGGAGAGCACUAUCAUUACACACGGCAUGCCGUAUCCCCAGAAUCUGAGGUAGGCAGAGACUAUAAUUUUCUUGCACAGCGAAAGCUGCAAGCUGGACUAGGCCAGAGACUCAUUGCUUGUUGAUCUGCAGCUAAACUGAACUUAUGAACUGCCUUCAUUGAAAAGGACUAUUUCUGGGGUCACCAGGUCAGGGGCAUUGCUAGGUAUUUAAAGGACUUGGGGCAGAGGCCCCUGACACAAAUCUACAUAGAAUUUGCAUAUGCUAAUUUAUGUAGACAACCCUGGGAAGUUGAGGUGGUGGCUGAGUGGCAGGGGUCUUCACCAGUAAUGCAUUUUGCAUAGUACCCAGCCACUGGGUGAGUAGCUUUUGGGGGAAAUUUUAAGAAAAUGGAAGUGGCAGAAAAUAUGGGACCCACCGCAAGAGCCCUCCCCGCCCCCUGGGCCACCCCGUAGCAAUGCUGAGGUCAUCAGGAAAAAUGACAGCUCUGUCAAUUACAUUGGACCUUCAAUGGCUGCUUCAAAAGUUCUAGCUAUUGCCUGAAGUUGCAGUCACGAAGUAAUAAACAUACACAUGCAGGGUAGCACCCACUUAAGCCUGCUUCAUAUUCCUAUAACCAUACAUUUUUGAUGGUAGUGAAGCUUGAGAAGCCUAUCUAGGGCAGUCUUUGCACAGCAAAUGAACAGAUGGCACAGCCUCUUUAGGAUUAAGGUACCACUGCAGAUUGCAAGUGAGGAAAUUGCAUGCUUGAAGUUCGUUGCAAUUAGAAAAGCAGCGCAUCAGGGAAUGUGUACAAUCUGAGGAAGGGUACACCAAAUGAUUUCUCUCUAUGCAGAUUGCCAUUCAGAAUAGAUAAAACCAGGGCAUAUUUUUCAGCCGGAGCUCACCAGAACUCAGUCCCGGCACCUCUCAGGUGGGCGCCAUUGCUGUUAUAAGAGAACAGGGGAGGGGGUCAUGGUGAGUUCUGGCACCUCUUUUUCUAGAAAAAUAGCACAGGUCAAUAACCUUGACAUACUAGAGAAUAGGUUUUAUGUUGGCUAAAGGCAGGGCUGUUAAGACAGUGGGGAUCCCAGAUUGCCACCUACAUUUUUGAGCAGGGAUUGGGGAACCUGUGGCACUCUAGAUGUUGUUGGACUCCAACUCCCAUCAGCCUCAGUCAGCAUUGCAGAAUGGUCAGAGGCGAUGGAAACUGUACUCCCAACAACACCUGAAAGGCCAAGGGUUCCCCAUAUCUGAUUUAUCCCUGUGCUGACAAUCUGGCCAUAAACUGAUAACGCAAGAACCUCAUUGCCAUUAAAACUAACCCAAGAUUUGUUAGGCAUCAGAUUAUGUAGCCACAGGGGAAGGAAAUGAAAUAUAAAUGAGGGUGUGGUAAGGGAUUGGGUGAUGGAGUACAGUUUUUAAUACCAUGGCAACUUAUUUUGCCUUCUUUUUCUUUUGCGUUGCUCGCAAUGCACCAGCAUGGCCAGAGAGGUAGAAGAAAUAAUAAGAGCAAAUGGGUCUGUGCCAGCAACUAUCGGUGUUUUAAGUGGUCGCAUCCACGUGGGCCUCCAGAAUGAACAGCUUGAGACUUUGGCCAAGGGCAAAAAUGCAAUAAAGGUGUCUCGGAGAGAUCUUCCCUACGUUCUCAGUCAGGUAUUGGAUUGAAUUCUCAGGGUGUGUGUGUGUGUUUUCUUUUAUGUUCCCCUGGUUCAAAUCUCUGUAGAGCACACCUAAUCUCUGAACAUAACAUAAGAACACGAGAAGAGCCUGCUGGAUCAGUAGGACUGGAACCACAGCAAAGCAGUGCCACCUACCCCUAACUCAGACAACCACUCCAGAAGGAUAUAGUGCUUGAUAGUAUUGAAAGCUGCUGAGAGGUCGAGGAGAAUUGACAGAUAUAUUUCCCCUGAAUCUCUCCCAGCAGAGGACAUCAUGCAGGGUGACCAAAGCAGUUACUUGCGAGCCAGAUGGGGUGACCUAGUAAGCUUAAUUAGGUCCAGGUUCUCCAUCCCUGUAUCUUACAGUUCUUAUGACCAGUAGCCAUGGAUAGCCUUGUCUCCAUUAAUUUGCCUAGUCUCCUUUUCGAGCCACCCAGGUUGGCUUACAUUGCUGUAUUUUGCCCAGUGGUGGAACGAUGUGAGAGGGUUGGAAUCUAAGCACUCCUUGCUGAGGGUCUUGUGCAAUCUAGAUUAUGACUGGCUGUUCCACACAGGGCUUGUCUGGUGGUACAACUGUGGCUGGAACCAUGAUUGUGGCACACAAAGCAAAGAUCCCUGUAUUUGUGACGGGAGGAAUUGGAGGGGUUCACCGUGGAGGAGAGAAGAGUAAGAGAAUUAAUUUUAUAACUAGAAAUUAAAUUCCAAAUGCUGUUUUAAUUUUAUAACCAGAGGUUAAAUGCUAAAUGCUGUGUAUGUGUGUGUGAGAGAGAGAGAAUUCUAGGCUUAUAACCACCUACCAUUUUAUGGAUCUGCUCUAGGAAUGGAAAACUUGGGGCCUUUCAGAUAAUUUUGCAUGCUAAUUCCCAUAAGCUCAGCCUACAAGGAUGAUGGGAGUUAUAGUCCAGCAGCAUCUGCAGGGCACCACAUGGGCUACAUCUGAGUUAAUGGCAUUUCUCCACAUUCUUCCCUCCCUACCCUGCUUCCUCUCUGUUCUAGAGGUGAGAACCAGGACACCCUCCCCAAUUCAUAUACAGCACAGUCUCAAAACUGAUCCAUCCCACACACCUUGCAGUUGCUACUUAGAAACACAUCGAGGUAAACACAUUCACUCGUUUAGCGCUACAAUCCUAUACACACUUGCCAUGGGGUACACUCAGUGUUUUUUUCCCAUAAAAAUGUUUAGGGGUACUCUCAUUUUGACUCAAGAAAAUCACCAUUUUAUAGUUCAGACUGGGAAAAAUAAAUACAGUAAAUGGACAAAAGUACAAAGAUUCACAAAAUGUUUAAGGGUGUGUGUACUCCUGCGUUCCCCCAGAAAAAAGCAGUGGGUACACUUCACUGAAACCAACACGACUUAUUUUGGAGUAGCCAUGUAUAGGAUUAAUCCAGGGCCAGCCAACUCAUGAGGUGGGCUGAGGCAGCCACCUCAGGCAGCAUAAGCCCACGAGGCAGUGCCUCUGCAGGCAUGCUGCCCACCCCACCCCACCCCUCUGCCACCGAUGGAGAAGCAGCAGUGCCGAGAUCUCACCGAAAUACCACAAAAUCUCUUGAAUUCUCAUUUGGUCCAUGAGAUCUCGCCACUGCCAUUUUGUGGAUGCUGCCAAACAACCCAGGUAAGGGAGGCUUCAGCAGGGAUGGUGGCAGCAAAAGGGCAGGGUGGCACUUUCCUGUUUCACCUCUGGUGGCAACAUGGAAUGCACCACUCUUGGAUUCUUCUGCUGAAGCUGCAUCUUGUUUGACCCUCAGACCGUAGAAAGCCACAGCCAAUUAGAGUGGAUGGUAGUGGCAAGAUGAGCCAAUGGUCUGACUCAUUAUAAGUCGACUUCAUAUGUUACUUUAAUACAGAAUUAUGAUGGUUCCCACCCUACCAGUUUGCCCAUUUUGGUGGCUAUGAAAUUUGGCAGGGCAACUGUCUUUUCAGUCUUUUCUCCCUAUCCUUUUCAGCUUUGGAUGUGAGUGCGGACCUGACAGAAUUAGGCCGUACUCCAGUUGCCGUGAUUUCGGCAGGUGUGAAGUCUAUACUGUAUAUUGGCAGAACAUUGGAAUAUCUGGUAAGGAGCCACAAAUGCAGUGCAGAGGGAAGGAACAAGAGACAGGAGGCUGGUUAAUCUGGCCUUUCUCAGUUCUGUCGUUCCAGCUUCACGUAGAAUUUACUCCCAUAUUUCAAUGGAUAGUUGUACUGUCAUGGCUGUCCUGCUCAGAACUCUGAUAUUCUGAAGUAGGGAUAGUGGAGAAUUUGAUAAAGUUCACAUUUAAAGGCAAGCCUCUGUAAUUUAUACUUUCCAAAGCGAUGUGCAAACCAAAACACAGCCAGCUUUCAGAAUUUUCACUUCUCCGAAUUUUGCAAUGCGGUUCUCUGGCCAAGUAUUGUGUACAAAUAAGCAUAUACUGGGGCAAAGUAUGCAUAUGCUAGUGAAAAUAACCUACAAAAAUGUUAGGGAACAUUGCUUUGCAAAAAAUUCUAUAUUAGGCAAAAUUGCAUGUGAAUGUAAUUUGCACUAAAAUGCUUAGUAACUUUUAUGAGAACUUUAAAAAGUGCAAACUUAUGUGGAAAACUGAUCUUAACAUUGGGAAAAGGAGAAAUUGAAACUGACAGAUAUGCCUAUCCCUCUUUUGAGCGUAGUGGAGGUGAAGGAGGCAAAUUAUUUGUUUUUAUGAAUGUUUCUAUGCAAGCAAAGUAUUAAUCAAAUUGAUUUGAAACCGGCCUAAGUUCCUAACACAGAAACUUUCUCACCUAAUUUAUUUUAAAAGUAGUUGGGUGGCUUGUGCACUCACAGUGGGCUGCAAUGAAUACUUCCAUGAGCCACAGGCAGCCCACAUGCAUUAUAGAGAUUAUAGCAAUUAAAAUGUAUAUAUUUUGAGGUUGUAGACACAGUUCAAAGACAAAACAAGAAAGAGAUUUGCAUCUAGUUCAUGAGAUCGGAUUCUAUCAAGUCCAUGGAGCUGGAGGAAAGGGCAUGUAUUUUAUCCUUUUGUGUGAGAGUGGUAAGGGUUUCCUGUUUGGGGAGGGGCUGUACCUCAGUGAUACAGCUUGUGUCAUGGGUGCAAAAGUCCCUAAGCCCAGACAUCUCCAGGCAACAGGGCCCUCAGCUAGUCAAUCUAAGAAAGACACCUGCCCAUUGCAGCAGACAGUGAAGAGCUAGCUGGACCAAUGGUCUGACCUGGGAUCAUGGAAAUGUCAUUUGAUUCUGUAGAGUGGUAAGUGAUUUUGUCCAUAACCCAGAAAGAUGGCUUUUGCUUUCAUAUCACAUACAGUAUUUUCACUUUGCCCCCGCUCUUCACCUCUGCAGGAGACUCAAGGUGUCUGUGUGGCCACCUUUGGAGACUCCAGAGAGUUCCCAGCCUUCUUCUGCCAUCAGAGCGGCUUCCAGGCCCCAUAUCAUGUGCAGAACGAGGAGGAUGCUGCACAGCUGAUUGGUGAGCUGCCUGUGGAACAAUGCGCUUUUUGAGAAUGGAGUGUUUGAGUUCAAACCAAUGAGUUUCUCAGUUUCCCUGAGGCUGCAGUUCAUUGCCCACAUAGUGGGGAACAAAGCCCAUUGUAGUUGGCUUUACUUUUGAGGAAAUGCGCAUGGGAUCAGGACAAAUCUGUCCCACAUGCCCCUUUCCAUCCUUGGAUAUCUUCUCUUGUUUUCAGUAUCCUGUUCUUAACAGCAGGGCUGGUGUUGAGGCUUGGAAGGUGCAGCAGCCCUGGCAGCUUCUCACACCCCACGUGACAAGAGCCCCCCUUGGACCCAGGGCUUUUUUUCUGCUGAAAGAAGCUCAACAACUUAGGGUUGUCUGUCCAAAAAAGGUGGGGGUUCCUGCACCUCUUAUUCUAGGAAAAAAGCACUGCCUGGACCUACUGAAGUUAGUGUUGGGUGGCCACCUUGUUUCAAUCUGCUCUUUAGAGUGAAUAUGCCUGUUUCACUGUCUUGGCUCUGCGCGUGGAUUGGAAUGUAACGUAAGCGAAAUAAUUAUUAUCUAUAAUUAUUUAUUUUUAAAACAUUCUGUUGUGACUUGGAGCUGCUAAGUAGCAGGAUGCUGCACUGGUAAAAUCUUUUUCAGAAUGGUCCAGGAAGUGACUGUAUGUCAUAACGUGCCACCUGUUUCCAGGGAAAUUGUACAGAAAAAAAGGAUGGCUGCCCCCACGUAUCUAUGCACUCACUGGGGCUGAUGGGAGUUGUAGUCCAAAACGUCUGGACGGCACCAAAUUAGUGACGGCUGCAUUAAACUUUGUUGGGUGCAAAGCAAUUGACACCAGAGGCUACUGGGAUGAAGAAACAAAUUGCAAGCACAGGCAUAUACAUCUAUAAGCGAUGAAAUUUGUGAUGCCACCUUUGCCACCUGUUUCAGCAGAGAAACACAGUUAAUGACCUUUCUUCCUCAGCCAGGUCCCUAAAUUUGCAGUUGGGCAGUGGAGUGCUGAUUGCAGUGCCCUGCCCUGAGGAUCAAGCUGCUUCAGGACAGCUUAUUGAAGAAGCAAUCCAGCAGGCUUUGAGAGAGGCUCGGUAAGCUGCUGCUGCUGAAAUCCCAUAACUUUUCAUAACACAAAUGUUCUGGGUUUGUUUUGUUUGUCUUCCAUAGCCCUGCUAGAGCAGUGUUUCCCAACCUUGGGUCUUCAACUGUUUUUGGACUACAACUCCCAUCAUCCCUAGCUAGCAAGACCAGUGGUCAGGGAUGAUGGGAAUUGUAGUCCGAAAACAGCUGGAGACCCAAGCUUGGGAAACACUGUGCUAGAGCACCAGCCAGAGGGGGGCGGGCAGUUGUCCACAGAUCCCUGCGGCUUCUUACACCCAACCUCCAGCCAGUGGGUGCCCUCUAGGGGCAGGUUUUCUCCAGUCAAGUUCCUCCACUUAAAAGCCUGAGCUGAGCUCACCUUGGAUAAUCAAUGCAUAUAUUUAUUAAGUUUGUAGCAUAGAUAGGGCUACCUGAUGCAUUUUCCCCUUUUUAUGGAUAUAAAGAUGAUUUAUUUGUGCUCUUCUCAUAUACAAAUAUAAAAUUACUGGUUCUCAUCCAGAUUGCUCUUCUUACAUUUGCAGGGAAAAAGGGAUUACAGGAAAGGAGCUUACACCCUUCUUGCUGCAGAAGCUAAACAAGUUAUCUAGUGGGGAGUCACUUAGAUCCAGUAUCCUUUCCUGAAAAUGCUCGCUUCUUACUUCCCCUCCUCAAAAUCCAAUUACAUAAUUCCCCCCCCCCCCCAUGUUCUCCAUACUUUCUGGGAAUCUUACACUGCCCCAGAGCAACAUUACAUUGGCAGCAUUUUGGGAAAUUAAAAUAGAGGGGGAUCUUUGCACCAAUUUCUUACACCUACUUUUCUUUUAGUUCUUGGGUUCUUCUGCUUUUAUUUUCCUUUCAUCAUACCCUUCCCCAUAUCAGAUAUUGCCUUGAUCAAGAACAACGCCAAGGUGGGCAGCUGCAUAGCUGUGGCCCUGAACAAGAUUCAAAGAGCCCAGGGCUGGGGAGACGACAUGGCUCAAAAUGAAAAUGUAUCUCCUGUACCAAAACCGGUGAGUGGCCUGCUCCGUAAGGGUUGCCACUCUCUCAGAAAGAAACAGCUUGGCUGCUACAGCUCAUUUGCACAUCGCCUUAACUUUGCGGUCUUGGCCUCGGGCUCCUCCAGGCAAUGUGAUGACUGAGCAUUCAUCCGGAUUUUUUUGCACAAGGCUUACCUGGUGGUUAGACUAUGUUAAAUGAGGGUCUUUAGGUCAGCCACCACUUUUGCCUUCUCUAAGACUAGCAGUGCUUCCCUGCAAAAUAUUUUUUCUCAAAUGGAGAUAAUCUCAGUGUAGGUAAAACAACACAAAAAGUCACAAAUGUGGAGCUGAAAUGACGAGAUCUUAAAAGUCAUCUAGUCAAACUCCUCGCUGAUGCCAGUUUAUGAUGUAUGUACACCAAUCGUGUAUGAAAACAGAAUGUCUCUUUUGUCACAAUGAUGCUUGCUUGGAAAUGCAAAUAUUGCAAUCAUCGAACAAGAAGAGCAAAGAGGCAUGCCUCAAGGAAGUGCUUUUAAAAGCAGUAACUUUUAGGAAUGCCUAAUGCAUUUUCAACCACAGGCCAUCCACAGGGGCACUAACACAAACUAACACAUCCUUUUUAAAAUGGAUACUCAAAAAUAACCUUCAGCAAACAUGCUGAGUUGUUUAUCAGCUGUCUGAUGUUGCAUUGAAUGUUGGACAGUGAGAGUUUUUAAAAAUGCAAUUUGACAAUCAUUUUCUACUUUCUCUCUGGAGGUUGUUUAUUUACAAUUUGCAUUAGGGCUUUGCAUUUAUUUACUUUUUUCAAUACAUACUUUGUUUUACUGCUCCUAAGGAAAACCUUUUGGUUGAAAUGCACUGGCCAUUUUUCUGCGGACAAGGUUGAUUUAUUUGCUCCCACUGCCUUUCAGGGAACCCUCUCAAGGUGGCCUAUGGAAGACUUUUAAAAUGCAACAUAAUGUGAGGCACAUAUAGAUAACAAGGUGCCCCCAUGUUAUGGACUACAACUCCCACCAACCUUUACCGUUGGUCAUGUUGGCUGAGGCUGAUGGAAGUUGUAGUCCACAAUAUAUACAACAGAUGCCACCACAUUGUCUGUCCUUGCUGUGAAUUUACUACUUUCAAGCAUCUGCUUGAAACAUGCCUCCUCCUUCUCUUGUCUGAUAACUGCACACCAAGCUUUCAUUAAUAUGAGGGGCAUAUCUAGAUCAGCUCCUGCGCAACUUCUGAUCCACCAAGCCAAGUGUUGAUCAUUAUUAGCCCACCAAGGACUCAAUAACCCUCCUUUGUUUCUACUGCCUCGGUGGCACUGCAGAAACUGUGGUUGUCUUCUGCUUUGAGCAGGACUGGGGAGACUGUGGCCCUCCAGAUGGUGUUAGACCCCAACACCCCUAAGAACCAAUCCCCAUGGUUAAAGGUCAGAGUUGAUGGAAACUGGUGUUCAAUGAUGUCCGGACAGCUGCAGGUUCCUCAGCCUUGGCUUUGUGGGCAUGUCCUGAAAGAAGGGCUCUGGAAGAGACCUCUACUGAUGGCUUCUCCCUCCCUCUGACCCACCCACCUCUUGCUUUCCUUUCAGGUGGUCAUUGGUGGCAUCAACGUCGAUUUCAUAGCCAAGGCAAGAGAUGCAACAAUAGUGGUAAUUGCACCUAGCAAUAUUUAAGCUGCAUUUUCCUUAUCCUAACCUGUUGCUGUAAAGCUCAUCGGAUGCAAGGAGCUCACAUGUCACCUUUCCAGACUAUUAGGAGGUAUAAGGACUGGCAGUCUGGAGGCAAGCAGGUACUACCCAGGCAGGUAACCAAGCCUAAAAGGCGUUAGGCAAGCAAACAGGUGUAUAGGUGGUUAGAAAUGGGCUGAUCUGGCAGAUAGAAAUGGGCCGUCUGAGGAUUUAUACCAGGCAUAGGCAAACUCAGCCCUCCAGAUGUUUUGAGACUACAAUUCCCAUCAUCCCUGACCACUGGUCCUGUUAGCUAGGGAUGAUGGGAGUUGUAGUCCCAAAAAAUCUGGAGGGCCGAGUUUGCCUAUGCCUGAUUUAUACAGAUGUUGAUGAUGUUGAUGUUAAGGCUGAAUUUGUGUCAUCAGAGAAAUGAAGGUGGGGGGAAGCAGUCUUCAGGGUGCAAUAGAAAAGCCCUAGCUCACUACUUUUCCCAGGUAUGUCUGUCUGCCCCACGUGAACAGCUCAUUAAUUCAUUUAUUUAACAAGAUUUAUAACCCACCUAAUCAACAAAAACCUCUAAGUGGUUUACAUAAAACAAUAUGAAAUAUCCAUAAGAAGCAUACCAUUAAAAUAUAACUUUAGAAACAGGUAGAUCUAAGAUUUAUUGAAAUAUAAGUAAAACCAGCAGUUUUGGAACACAUGCCUAACAAGUUGGUGUUUGGGAAUAUGUACUUGAGUGACACGUUGCUUAGACUAACCUUCACCAAUCUGGUGCCCUCCAGUUGUUUUGGACUACAUGGCCAUGUUGGUGAGGACUGAUGGGAAUUGUAGUCCAAAACAUCUGGAGGGCACCAGAUUGGUGAAGGCUGGAUUAGACUGGGAAACUGGUUCAGAGGCAAAGGGUUUACAGGAUCAGGCAAAAGCCUAUUGGUCCCUUUUUCCCACCUGAUUUGUGCUAAGCUGCAAUACCACCCUUUGGCCACAUGUAGCAGUGUCACUGUAAUGCAGUAGUUUGUCGGGCAAUUUACCACAGUGGUGCAGAGAGUAAGCUACUUGUUUCCUGCUGCCAGAGAUGCCAGCACCCUACAGGAUGAAAGAAGGGAGCGUUCUUCCAUAGGCAGGUAGCAGCAGCGGCAGCUUAACAGUGCCUUGUGGUGCCUAGGUGUGGUACAACUUGCCUCCCAGCCACUUCUUAUGGGUCACAGGUGUUGCUAUGAUAAAAAUGAUGGUUGUCAUCAUCGUACACAUGGACCCAUGAGCUAAGAGAAAUAAAAACGUUCCAUAAUAAGUGAUGAAAACUCUGCGGAGUGCGGAAAAAGAAGAGGGUUUAAAGCUGAUAAAUAGAGUUGUUCACCUUAUGACAUGUAGUGGAACAUUUGAUGCCAAGUGACACACCUCUUUGGUAAAAGUGAGCAGAGUUCCCUAGCCAGAAUGUCUGGCCACCUUUCUGAUUAGCUGACAAGUGGAUGAAGACAGAAAUGGAAGAGUGUGAUGGUUGUUUAAUUAACAAUUAACUAAGAAAACACUUCUUAAUCCUUGGAGACAGAGAAGAAAAGUACAAACCAUGAUGAAUGUUGGCCUAGUGGAUGAUUGGAUUUUAUAGAUUUUCCAUUUCUAGAAGAAAUAUGGGAACCUCGGCAGAUGACAGAAAUAAGUUUAGUGUAAGGAAUGGCUGUAGCCUAGCUCAUUUUGUAUGGGGAAUGACCAUAGGUGAUUGUCAGAGCACCUGCCUUGCAUGCAGAAGUUUUGAGGCUCAAUCCCUAGUGUCUUCUUAUCGGGCUGGGAAAAGCUCCUUCCUGAAAUCCUUAAGAGGUGCUGCCAGUCAGAGUAGACAAUGCUAACUAGAUGGAUCAAUAGUCUAAACUUGGCAGCUUCCUGUGUUCCAGUCCCAUGAGAUCACAUAAAGUGGAAUAGUCUCCAGAGAACUUGGGUUUAACUGGAGCCAGUGUUGACAGCAGUAGCAUUACGGUAUCAUCUGGGAAAAUCAAGGCAUAUCUAAUUUUUGCCCUGUUCUGUUGAUUUCUCUGCAUUUGCAGGGUGGAGGACAGACAAAUCCAUCAAUAGUGAGACAGUCGUUUGGUGGUGUGGGGAGAAAUCUAGCAGGUAAUUCAUUCUAAUUUUGCUCUCUGCAGGGAGAUACUGGGUCCAGCAUAUUGCUAUGCUCAGCUUCCACAUCAUUGAGCUAGGAAGUUCCAGGGUCUCAACUCUCCCCAGGCUUGUUGGGAAGGAGGUCAUUGGAUGGGCUUGUUUGGUGCUUUUUUGAUAUUUGCUUUUUAUUUACAAAUAGACAGGUUGAGCAUACAUGGAGAUCUAAUGUGGGAACAGUCCAUUGCUCCCAGAUCUCUAGGGAGACAGCCGGCACCCCAAAACACUCUCUUAUGGCACUUCCACAUGACCUGUUUAUUGAACAUUCGUCCUCAUUUGUUUGCAGGGAGAUUAGACAAUGUUGGAUAUUUAAUGAGGAUCCAUUCUGAUUUGUUUGUGGGGAGGUUUGAAGAUGUUGCAUCAAACGAAGUGUUAUCCCACACUUCACAGGGUGUGUUCUUUAUUGCAAAAGGUCCAAUCUUUUGGGGAAGUGGAUUUGUUGCGCAAGACCUCCCAACCAACAACAUUUGUGCAACUUGAAUCUGUCAGUAUGCACUUGAAUCCCACCAAAACAUAAUGAGUUUGAGAGUGUUACGUCUCUCUUAGUCCCUAUCUCAAACUGCAACCUCUCCUCACAUGCAGACCUAGAUUGCAUCAUCCUCAGCAAGGAGUGGGGAAAGGGCAUCUCUCAGGUAUUUCCUAGCUGUUCAAAAGACAGAUUAUUGAUCCUGAGCUAGAUGGAUAGUUUGGCCUGGUAAAAGGCACUUUCCUAUUUAAAUUAAAAAGAGUUCAGUAGAUAUUUCACUGACUGAUGACCCCAGAAUGCUUCUACCUUGACUUUCAGAUUCUAGGGUUGUUGGCAGAUAAUCCAGCUUUGUUCCAUUUCUCUUCCAUUUUCAGAUUGCUUAAGUCGUCUUGGGAAGACCCCGUUCUUUAUCUCUGUCAUGGGGAAGGAUGAGCAUUCAGAGUCCGUCCUACGCUACUGCAAGCAUAUGGUAGCUCACAGCUUAUGGUUAUUCUAAACUAAUCUGCAGCAGGGUGGCUGUUUUUCAUACUGCAGAUCACAAAAUUUCAUCAUUCCAGUCCCAGGGACCCACUCUCUGCUUACUAUGAGAUUCCUUGUGGGAGCUCUUCAUUUUAGGGACACAGGAAGCUGCCUCACUCAGAGGUGAGGUCCAUAUAUAAUUGUUGUUGUUGUUUAGUCAUUUAGUCGUGUCCGACUCUUCGUGACCCCAUGGACCAGAGCACGCCAGGCACUCCAGUCUUCCACUGCCUCCCGCAGUUUGGUCAAACUCAUGCUGGUAGCUUCGAGAACAGUAUCCAACCAUCUUGUCCUCUGUCGUCCCCUUCUCCUUGUGCCCUCCAUCUUUCCCAACAUCAGGGUCUUUUCCAGGAAGUCGUCUCUUCUCAUGAGGUAGCCAAAGUAUUGGAGCCUCAGCUUCAGGAUCUGUCCUUCCAGUGAGCACUCAGGGCUGAUUUCCUUAAGAAUGGAUAGGUUUGAUCUUCUUGCAGUCCAUGGGACUCUCAAGAGUCUCCUCCAGCACCAUAAUUCAAAAGCAUCAAUUUUUCAGCGGUCAGCCUUCUUUAUGGUCCAGCUCUCACUUCCAUACAUCACUACUGGGAAAACCAUAGCUUUAACUAUACAGAUCUUUGCUGGCAAGGUGAUGUAUCUGCUUUUUAAGAUGCUGUCUAGGUUUGUCAUUGCUUUUCUCCCAAGACCAUAAAUAAUAAUAAUAAUAAUAAUAAUAAUAAUAAUUAAUGUUAUUAAUUAUACCCCACCCAUCUGGCUGGAUUUCCCUAGCCACUCUGUGCGGCUCAGUAUUGUCUGCACUGACUGGGAGAAGCUCUCUAGGGCGUCUAAGUCUUAACUGGAGAUGCCAGGGAUUGAAGCAGGGACCUUCUGCAGGCAAAUCAGAUGCUCUGCCACUGAGCUACAGCCUUUCCAUAAUAGGGAAGUUAGAGGAGGGGAAUCUCAGAUCCACUUGACCCUCCAAACUCUCCCCAGACUACAUCUGCCUCGCUCCAGGUCACAGCCCUGAGUAAGCAAGGCCUGGCUGGAAUGUGUCUUUGAACACUGAUAAUGGCUCUUCCUUGUCUGGACGGAGGACCAAAAGGGGCUUGUACAUAGAAAGCAGCCUACUGUACAAAAGGUGUCAAUUUUACAUUCCUUUUUCUGCCCACUGUUGUGUCAGUCUCCACCCACCACUGGAAUGGGACCCUCAGAAGGAUGUCCAGAAGGGAAUGCGGCUCUCUGGCCUAGAAUGAUUCAUCGCCCCUUUUUUAAGCUAAAGAGAAUGUGAAAUUGAGGCAGCAGAAAUGAGCCGGGAAAAGGCCUGCAUGCUCCAGGGCCAUGGAUAUCAGUUAGACCCAGGUGCAUCUGGGAUGUGCCUACCUGUCCCAGUCUGCGCCUAUGUGAUGCUUCCUGGAUUAACAUUUGCUUCGUGGUGUUAUUCCAGGUCUCCUUGAACUGGAGGCCAGAUUCAUCAUGCAUAUGAGGAAGCACAUUCACUAGCUGGGCAGGCACCGGUGCACAUUUUGCUCCGAAUGAGCUGCAGAGAACAGAACACUAAAUUUGUCUUUCUCCCCUUACCUUGAGGACAUGAGAGGUGUCUUGCAGCUGGAAGGGCACAACACAGCCACCUAUUGUUCCGUAUUCACAGGCAGCGGAGAGCUCUCCCUGGGCUUGGGAGACAUGGACAUCCACCAGCAGAUCACAGAGCAAUACGUAAGACCCUUCUACAGCAUGAAAUCUCAGUGCCACUUUUCUGCUUAUGGUGCCCUCUGCUUUCCUAAGGGGCAGAGGAUAUUUUCUCAGGGUACCUAGGAGGGAAACAAAGGGGAAAUCCGGAACUGGGUAAUUCUGGAAGGCGGCACUGUGAUGGAGUGCUGAAAGCCACCUUUCUGCCACUGCCGCCUCCACCCACAACUCCUUCCAGACUCUGUGUUUCUAGGACGUGCCGAGCUGUAGAAACACAGAUAAACACAGCCUCCUUGGUGGCCGAGGCGUAUUUUUGGGACACUUAAUGGAAGGGGUGAUUAGGAGUGAUUCAGGUGCAACCCCACCCUUUCCCCCUAUUAAUAAAAAAAGCCUGUUUGGGAAAAAACCUCAAGUCUGCACUUAACAGCUGAUACUGUUUGGUUAAGAAGGUAUGAAUGCCUGCCAGUAAUCCACUUAUCAACAAGACCCUUAAAAGACUGGAGCUUAGCUCCUGGAAAGGAAAAAGUGGUCAUUGUUCCCACCCUCUCUCCACCUUUUUCCGAUCCCCAUUUCAUUAUUAAAGGAAGGAAAAAAGGAGGCACAGCUAUUAAACGAUAUAUGAUUCCCUUGGAUUCACACAGAAUAACACGGCAACAAAAGCGCCUCAGAAUUUCUGCUGGCUUCUACCUGUUGAUGGAUGCUGAUUGCAAUGUCGCCUUCAGUGAAUGCAAGAGACUGCUGGAGCAGGAGUGGGGAGCCUGCUGGACUACAGAUCCCAUCAGCCUGAGCCAGUGGAGCCAGGGAUGAUAGGAAUGGCAAGCCAGCAACCUCUGUAUGAUCAGAUGUUUCCCACCCCUGACUAGGAUGCUGGGCAAAACAUUAGGCUAGGUCUACACUAGUUAACUCAUAUAGCAGGAUUGGGACUGCAAUCCUAUGCCUACUUACCAAGGAGUAUAUCCCAUUGAAACCAACAGACCUUCUAAGUAACCAUAUGAUUCUACUGCUUGUUGUAAAAUAAUGUGAAUGCCUUGGAUUUGUUGGAUCCUGUUCAUGUCUGUUGAGAACUAAGCCUCUUGGUUUCAGUGGGGAAGGCAUCUGCCUAGACCAGGCUUCCUCAACCUCGGCCCUCCAGAUGUUUUGAGACUACAAUUCCUGUCAUCCCUGACCACUGGUCCUGCUAGCUAGGGAUCAUGGGAGUUGUAGGCCAAAAACAUCUGGAGGGCCGAGGUUGAGGAAGCUUGGCCUAGACCUUGGAGACCUCCUUCUGAGGCUCCGCCAGAUGACCUGGUCAUGGAGCAUCCUGAAUUGCUUGUGCAAAGAUGGCUCAAUUUCUGCUCCUUACUAAGCAUCCUGAUGUGUUUGCUGUCUCAUCACCAUCACACAUUUUUAUAGUGUUUUCCUAUCACUUUCCUAUCCACAAAAAGUUCAUUUAAGUCCUAGCUCCAGUCCCAAAGCUUCUUACGUGUGAGUAAGAAAGUAAGCUUUUUUUUCAAGGCUUACAAUGGCAUACCUCAGGCUACAGGUACAGAUCAUCUUGAGGCACAGCUGUAGAGUUCAAGAAUGACAUCAGGGUUCUGAGACCAGGACUAAAGCUAUGGAGAUGACUCAGCAGCUGGUCCCACCCCUCCCACCAGAAUUUGAAGCUGAGUCGUGGCAACACUCACUUGUGGGACUCACUUUCCUUGGAGUCUGGUGCACUUGGAGCUGCGUGCUUCUGCAAGGGACCUGGGUCUGUUGCUGACGGUGGAUCUGCAGCAAAGUGAUGUCACUGGGAGCAACCAGAAGACCCUGGCCAAGUGGAAUAUGCCCAGCCACAGAAUUUCCUUCUUUUACUUUAGGAAAAGAGGAACAUCUCAUUCCUGGAAUAAACAUGGAUUUCCAAUUGCCAAUAUUGUCUCUGUCUCUCAUGCAAUUUCCUCCAGGUGUCCACGUUCAAGGAGACUCUCUGCUCGGCCCCACUUGUGUGCAUUGAUGGGAAUGUGCCCGUGUCCACUAUUCAGUAUGUCUGUCAGAUUGCCAGGGAACAUCACCUAGCAGGUAAGAAGGGACACUCACAAAGCACAGGCUAAAAUGCAUUGUGUUAACAGAGCAUAGGAAGUGGCCUUAUAGAGAGUCUGACCUUUUUUCUAUCUACCUCAGUAUUGUCCACACUAACUGGCAUUGGCUCUCGAGUUUCAAGCAGGGGCCUCCCUCAGCCCUGUGUGGCAACACUGUGGAUAUUACUGUCAGGAGCUCGGCCUACACUCGAGUAGGACCCUGGCAGAGACACAUGCCCAACUGGCAUGUUCUCUCCCUCCUGGUCAGUCGUUUAUUUACAUAUAAACACACACGGAGCACUGCAACAUGGCUCCCUCUCUCUCUAGCAUCAGACAGCAAAGAGAAAAAGAACAAAGGACAAUAGUCCCUCUUCACGGAACACAGUAACAGAAACAUCCUGUCUCCGUAACUUCCCACUCUGUGGAGUCAAAACAUACACCAUCAUGUGAUAGACAAAAAUCCCAUGACUGCAAUCAUGGAGCAGGAAUUCCAACAAUUACCUGGGACCUUCUGCAUGCAAAGCAGCUGCUCUACCACUGAGCUAUGUCCCUUUCCACCUUCUCCUAGUAAGGGAAUGUUCCCAGCAUCAUCUCACUCUGGUUUAUUUUGCUGCUUAUUUCCAAACCGCAGGAAAACUAUUAUGCUCAAAGCCCUGUGUUCUGAGAGAGGGUGGCAUAUAAAUAGAAUCUUGAUGACAAUGAUAUAUAUUUUUCCUUUGCAUUUAGCUCUUGUACAGUAAAUCAACAUUUUAAGAAUGCAAUGUGAUGAAAUCUCAAGUGAAUAUGAACCAUUGUAUUUGAAUAGUGACAUCUUUGAAUGUCAGUGGUGGGCUCAUCAGGGCUUCCUUUUGUGCUGUGUUUCUAGACACAGGUCUGGACUUUAAAGCUCUAUGUCCAAGCUGGUUUUGUGUGUGUGUCCUGGUGCUUUUCUCAGCAACCAACCAGAUUUAUAGCAUUGGUACUGCCCUGGACAUUUUAAUAGAAAGACAAUGUUUGUAAACUAGACAGAUGCAUCAUUGAAUAUAUAUGAUUCAUGUUUGUUGGGUCAGAUCGACUAACCCCAUUUGAUGCUCUUCUGAAGUGUGUUACGAGCCGACAGAUGUGGACAAGGCUUCUAAGCCAUUCCUUUCAGAAAGCUGGAGAGCCCUGGCCUGCAUAUCUCCCAAUCUACGGGAACUAAGAGCAAUCAACCGGACCCUGGGACAUCCUGUUUCGGCAGGUGAGGCACUUUUGAGAGUGGAGGCCAGGAAUUUUUUGUGUGUCCCCCCCCCCACACACCAUCAAAGCUAGUAAUAUACUGCAUUUGCUUUAUAUACUGAGUCAGACUGUGGCCAAACUAUCUUAGUAUUGUUUGUCCCAGGUUGAGAACCUGUGUGCUCCAGGCCACACCUGCCAUCAGCCCCGAUCAUUGGCUAUGCUGGCUGGGGAUGAUGGGAAUUGUAGUCCAUUAGCACUGUGGAUUAAACCACAGAGCCUAGGACUUGCCGAUCAGAAGGUCGGCGGUUCAGAUCCCCGCAACGGGGUGAGCUCCCAUUGCUCAGUCCCUGCUCCUGCCAACCUAGCAGUUCGAAAGCACGUCAAAGUGCAAGUAGAUAAAUAGGUACCGCUCUGGCGGGAAGGUAAACGGCAUUUCCGUGCGCUGCUCUGGUUCGCCAGAAGUGGCUUAGUCAUGCUGGCCACAUGACCCGGAAGCUGUAUGCUGGCUCCCUCUGCCAGUACAGCGAGAUGAGCACCGCAGCCCCAGAGUCGGCCAUGACUGCACCUAAUGGUCAGGGGUCCCUUUACCUUUAACACCUGGAGGGCUACAGGUUCUCCAUUAUUGAUGUAGAACCAUGCAGCCUUGCAAACACAUCCGUCACUGGAUCUUCCUCUGUCCACCACCACCAGCUGACUUUUCCUACCAUGACCCUAUUUAGGAAAAAGGUUCCCCACUUGUAGCGCAGAAUGACAAGACAAUGACGGCAAUUUUAUGUAUAAAAAUACUUGUUUGCCGCCAUUUCGUAAAAUAUAUCAAAGCAGUUUACAGCAAAACUCUGUGACACAAUGGCUCAGUGCAUCUGGCUGUUAACCAGGAGGUUGGUGAUUCGAGCCCAGCCAGGGAUAGCUGUGGGCAGGAUUCCUGCAUUGCAGGGGGUUGGACUGGAUGACUCUAGGGGUCCCAACCCUAUGGGUGGCAUUGAUGCUCUGUGACUAAUUUCCCUCCACUCUUAAAGAUAUGCCAUCUACAUUGGAAGAAGCUGUCAAAACCUCUCUGACCCUGGCCCGGCCCUUACUGGGAGAGUUGCACUGCGUAGUUGUGACACUUGGCCAACAUGGCGUCCUGGUUUGCAGCCGGAACAUGAAUGGGAGGCUCUCUCUUCGCCCAGGAACUUUCAACAAGGUAGGAGCACAAGGCAGGAAACGUGAAGGGAUAAAAACAGUGAAGGCAGGAGGCGUGAACUAGAGGUAAAAGGUGCUUGGCAGGCAGGGAAGUAUAAAGAAAAGGGAUGUCUGACGCAAAAUUCUACAUCAAGUACCAUUUCCCAGAGUUCCUUGGGAGGAAAUCUUGACAGUUAAGCAUUAAAAAUCUAGGGAUAUUUUGGCAACUUAAGCUGAUGUGCAGCUUGCGGAUUUAACAUAUAGAAUAAGAACAAGAAGAACAUACGUUUAGAGAAGUUUGGAAAAUGUUUAUUGAAUAUAUGGGGGAAAUUGUGUACACUUGAAAGCGUUGGCAGCAUUAAGAUAAAUUCAGCAGUGUAAAUAAGUUUUGAUGCGAUGUAAUAAUGGAGUACUGAAUGAUUUAGUAUAUGUAAAAUACGUAGGGAUUUAUGAUUGGCAAAAUGAACCAUGGCAAGAGGAGGAGGGAAGUCAUUGGUAUUUUAAGGAUGAUUAAAUGAGUAUUCUAAAUUGUAACACAGAAAAUUUAAUAAGAAUUCUAUCUAUCUAUCUAGGGAUAAUGUCAGUGUAGGCAGAAAUUUGACCCUGGGAGACGGAAUUCAAAUAUUGCAGAAAAAUGGAAGCUAUCAAAAAUGUUGUCCCAUCCUCACUUUGGUUUUUGAGUUUUCAGUAGAUUGUGUAGGCAAAGGGAAGUUUUUUAUCUGUCUUUCAUAACACUAGAACUCAUGGACGUCCCAUGAAGCUGAAUGUGGGAAAAUUCAGGACAGAUAAAAGUAUGGACUUCUUCACACAGUGCAUAGUUAAAACUAUGGAGUUUGCUUCCAGACAAGGCAGUGAUGGCCACCAACUAGGAUGGCUUUAAGGGAGAAUAAGACAAAGGCUAUCACCGGUUACCAUACCAACCCACCGCAAUGCUGUGCCUCCACUGCUGGUCAGAGUAUGCCUCUGAAGACCAGCUGCUGGGAGUCACAAGUUGGAAAGAGCGCUGCUGUACUUGGGUCCUGCUGUCAGGCUUCCCACAGGCAUCUGGCCUGGUUGCUGUGAGAACAGGAUUCUGGACUAGAAGGACCACUGGCCUGAUCUGGCAGGACUCAACCUUUGCGAACAUGAGGACCAGUAACUUGUUUCAAAAGAAAUUGAUAACCUGAGAUUUUCAGAGUAGUCAAUAUUGCUGUUAUGGACCAGUUUCAGUCCAACAAAGCAUUCAUGAAGCAGAGUACAUGUGUAUACCCCUUAAAAAACAAACAAAUCCAGAAAUCCCACUGUUCAGCUAUUUGGUGAAGGGAAUUUUUCAAUCUUAUUAUUUCAAUACUUUUUAGAACUGUUGUACUGACUCUGCUGUCAAGUUGAUGAUUUUAUUCUGGACAAGUUUUCAUCUUUGUUUUAUGGUUUUAAUUGUUGACUUGUAAACCCCCGGAGAACUUUUGUUAUUGUGUGGUACCCAUCGAAAUGUGGGGGGUGGGGGUGGAACUUAGCACAUAUUUGCAAAUAGAUUUCUGGAUGUCCAUUUGCAAAUAUGGCAUUUGAGAAUGAAAAUUUUUUGGGUUAUCAUGCCUAAAAUAGAAAUUAGCUUCACUUGUGGAGGUACUCCUGACCUGAUCCCUGGGGUAAUAACUGCUUACUAGUAUGACACAACCCUUUAUCGAGCAGAGCUUAUUACCCGCUCUACUACUGUUACAUUUCUAUCUCUAUAGCUCUAGGAAGUGUACAUUUGUACCAUGGAAGUUGAACGGGAUCCGUUCCGGAAAUCCAUUCGACUUCCAAAAUGUUCAGAAACCAAAGCGAAGCUUCUGGUUGUCUGCAGGAGCUUCCUGCAGCCAAUCGGAAGCCGUGGAAGCCCCAUCGGAUGUUCGGCUUCCAAAAAUAGUUCACAAACUGGAACGGUCAGUUCCGGGUUUGCGGCAUUCAGGAGCCAAAAUGUUCAAGAGCUCAGCUGUUCGAAAACCAAGGUAUGACUGAACUUAGUUCUCAUCUCCAUUUUACCAUCAAAACCAUAGCUGUCAACUUUCAGAUUUGAAAAUAAGGGAUCAGCAGCCUCGAAAAUAAGGGAUCAGCAGCCUCACCUGUCCCAGGGACAGUCUACAGGAUAUCUAACAAUCCGGGAUAGCAGUGGGAAGCAGCGGGAAAUGGCACUGGAAUAAGGGAAUUUCCUGCAAAAAAAGGGAAGGUUGACAGCUAUGAUCAAAACCCUAUGAGGUUGCAUUGGCUGAGCAACUGUGAAUGGCCCAAGGCCAGCCAGUGAGCUUCAUGACCCAGAUGGAGAUUUGAACCCUGGACUCCCAUGUCCUGGUCCCACACGCUAACCUCUUCACCGCACUGGCUUCUCCUGAAAUGAAUGAGAAGUUCCCUUCUCGUGCCAACUCCAUGCGUAGUUCAGUUGGGUUUCUGGCUCCCCACCUCUAGGGUCUUUUCUACCUCUAGCAUUCACCUGACAGUGUAUAAAAGGAGCUGGAAUUCGUCUUACAGUUCUCCAGGUUCAGGGUGUCUCCCCCAUUCUCUCUCCUAUCUCACCUUGCAGGCCACUGCUGCAGAUGAGCUGUGUGCUGUUCACUACCCAGCGAUCCCUGUCCCCACGGAGGAGAUAGUCAAUGUCUCUGGAGCAGGUGACAGGUAUGUUGCCAGCUGCCCAGAGAGGUUCCUGCCACAGCAUCAGGCUCCUCCACCUUCCUCUCCUUGGCCCCUGCCCCCCUGGUUGCUGUGACAACAUAACAGUGCCAGCAUGUACGCGGCAUUGCUAAGGAAUCGCUAGUCCAAAUAUUUAUCCGGAGGUGGUGAGAGAAACGGGAAGGUUUAUUGUGAGCUGUCAUUUUCCUGAGCCUUUAUAUGAAAGAGAGAGAAAUGGAGGCAAUUAAGUCUCAACAAGACAUUGACAUCUUUGCUCCACGUGCCUCCAGACGCCGCAAUUGUAAAAAGCACCUGGAGCCUCUUAGUGGGGCAGCCGGGCUUUGCUGAAAUGGGAGCCUUCAAGACCUUGACGUCUCAAAAGGUUCUCCAUCAACUACUCAUGGUGGUGCCAGCACCACAGUCAUCCUCUGAUGCCAGGGAAAUGUGGGUCUGGGAGAGGGACAAGGGGUAUAUACUGGGGUGCAGGAUGAGAACACUAAAAUAAAACCACCAUAAACGGUGAAAUUCAGUUGCUGAAGAACUUAGUCUUUUUCCUUCGGUAAGCUGAGUUGGCCUCUUCUCUCUUCAGCUUAAUGGCUGGAAUCCUCGCUGGGCUGCUUGCUGGAGAAGACAUGGAUGAUUGUGUCCGGAUGGGCCUCUUGUCCGCCAGCUUCUCCCUCCGUUCAUAUGAGCCAGUUUCACCAGACAUCAAUGCCACCAGCGUGAAUGUGGCGAGGCUCAAGGCUCAGCAGUGGCCUGUGGCAAAGCGCUGGAAGUUGACUUAAGAGUCGGGCAGCCCCUUCUGCACCCUGAAAUGGGCAGAUGCACCAACAUCUCUCUCUCCUACCUGGGCCUGCUUUUGAACUGAAUCAGGUGGGCUCCCUGAUUGCAUCAGGAGAAGAGGAAGGGAGGCUGGCUGGCUGGGUCUCUCCAUCUUCCCUUUACCUCUUCACCAUUCUUUAUUGCUAGGCCCAGUGCUUUUUUUCUAAAAGAAUGUUUACUCUCAUUUCGACUCAAGAAAAUCACCAUUUUAUAGUUCAAAUUGGGAAAAAGAAAGUGGACAAAACUACAAAGAUUCCCAAAAUGUUUAGGGGUAUGUGUACCGCUGCGUACCCCCAGAAAAAAAAAGAACUGGCUAGGCCUAUGACCUAAAAGUUUAAAAAAUGGAAACCCUGCACCAAGAAAAGUUGAAUUAUGCAACCUGUCCCCUAUGAAGAAUUAUUGGAAAUAAAAAAACUUUUUUUUAACA